CCGAGGUGUCUGAGGGGGCCAGUCCGGAGGAGUUGGUGGCUGCAGCCAAUAACGUGCUGGACUCCUCAGAGAAGCUGGUUGGGACGCUGGUGAAGCCGACCCCAACGCAGAGCAGGAAGUCAGUGAAAACCAACACCACAGAUGUUAACACGUUUGCCAUUGGAAAAAACACCACUGAGAAAGACAUCUCCAAAGUUGAAAAUGAAAACAUAAUGUUGGAUAUAGACCUCAUAGGCAUUGCAAAAAACAACAAUGGAUCGGCAGCUGUUGCCUUGACAACCCUCAAGACGAUGAGUUCCAUUUUGCACGCAGACUUUUUCCACUCCAUCAAUGCCACAGUGAAGACCAUGAUGUCACCUGUUUUGUCAGCCUCCCUGCCCAAAACCCACAACAAAGCAUUAAAAAGCCCAGCUAAAUUCACAAUUAAACACAGUCAGGAGGCGGAUCCACUGGGCCAGAUGUCCUGUGUCUACUGGAAUGGCAGCGCCUGGUUGGUGGACGGCUGUGAUGUGACCGACACCAACUCCACCCACACCAUCUGCACAUGUGUGCACUUCUCCACCUUCAGUUUGAUCAUGCAGACCGAGCGCCCUCCAGAGCCAGAACAGGCAAUGACGCUUUUGAACAGGAUCCUUGUGGCUGUUGGCUUGGGCUCCCUGACCCUGGCGUUGCUGACCUUUGCCCUCUGCCAUAAGAAGACUACCGUGGCAACUCCAGCUCGCGUGAACCUCUGUGCCAGUCUGCUGCUGUCCCAUCUCCUCUUCCUGCUCGUGCAAGAGUUCAUCCACCUCAUCAGCCCUCACAAGGUGGUUUGCUCAGUGCUGUCAGGAGUCCUCCACGUCCUGUUCCUCAGCUCCUUUGCUUGGAUGUUCCUGGAGACCAUCUGGCUCCUGCGCUCAGUGCUGAGACUCAAAGAAUUCAGAUCCGCCCAGAACAGCGGACCUCACUGGGGAUAUCAGUGUCUGGUUGGUUACGGAGCUCCCUUUGCUGUUGUUGCCAUUUCAGCAGGGCUGGUGCCUGAGGGUUACGGGAGUGACAAGUGCUGGUUGAAAUUUGACAACGGUUUCAUGUGGAGUUUUCUUGGUCCUGUGUGCUGUGUGCUUGGGAUGAACACCAUCCUCUUCUUCAUCAUUCUCAUCUACCUGCGCAGCGCCAUAUCAAAGAUGCAGCAUGCCAAUGCCAAACUAAACAGAACAUUGGUGUUUAAAACCCUCAUGCAGUCAGUGAUCAUUGGUGCUCCCUGGAUUCUGGGAUUCUUUGUCACAGACAACAAGGCUUUGGAUAUCGUCUUCCAUGUCCUCAGCAGCCAGCAGGGCACCUUCAUCUUCCUGCUACACUGUGUUCUCAACCAGGAGGUGCAACGGGAGUUCUGGAGCCGGUUCAGGAAAUAAUUCCACGUCCAGGUUCAGUAGUAAACACUAAGUUUGCCUUUGGAUAACACCAGACUAACUCACAAGUGAGAUUUCUCGUAGGAAAGGUAUGGCUUACGAUAGCCCAUGGCUGUCAAUUGGUCAUUACAAAUGUAUCAUUAGACAUAUACUUUGCCCAUACUCAAUUAUGUCAGUUGUAUUCUAAAGUCUUAAGUUAAGCUAGAGCAGUGAUUCUCAAAGUGUGGUCCGGGGACCACUGGUGGUCCACAACAGAGCUCAGGUGGUCCGCGAGAGGAAUUCUACUUUUCCAAGACAAGCUAGCAGUAGGCUAUAUUUGUAAACUAAUUACAAACCUAAACAUAGCUGAAGUCUUAUUUUCACCACAAUAACACAGGCUUGUAAUAAAUAAAAAUUAAGUGAAAUUAGCAGUGUCAAAUUAGCACCUGUCAACUGUUAAUUUAGUUGACAGGUGGUCCCUGAACAUUUUACAAGGGACCAAGUGGUCCUCGGUCUGAAGAGGUUUGAGAAACACUGACCUAGAGGAAGAUUAAAAGCAGUGAAUAUGUACAUGCUAAUUAUGUACUUUGUAAUGGCUUCGCUCUCUUAGUAAAUGAGACCAGAAGGCUAUUAGUGGUUUUAAAAUUGUAUGUUGACAAAGCCGGUUUUAUCGCUUAACUUAAUUCUUGGCUUUUUCAUUAUUGUGGUUUUAUUCAGAGGUAAGGAGCAAACAUUUUCCUUGUGAAAAUUCAAUAGCCAGUAGGCAAUUGCCUUAAUGUGACUACCCUAGUAAAAUAAAAGAGGCGUAAAAAAUAGUUUUCAGGACUACCAUGUUCAUAACCUUGGAUCGCCAGAGGAAAGAAGCAUCUGCUGUCUUUAAAGGGACACUGUGCAGGAAAUGGUCAAAAGAGGUACUGCAACUAUGCUGCUCAUUGAAACUGGGCUGCCUAUUGCCAACUUUGAUCUUAACAUGAAAUGUUAAGUAUGUAUUAAGUAGUAUGGUCCAAGUACAGUCAUUUUUGGAAACUCAAAAUGGCUAUUUUUGGAAACUCAAAAUGGCAGACCAUGGAGAAGAUCCCCCUUUUCAUGAAAAGUGCAAUGUUUCCUGUCAUAAUGAAUACUUAGAAUUUGAUGGUGGUGGUAAGUAUUCAUGAAAAAGGUAACAUUAGUGAAUCGGCAGCGUGAAUUCUGGAAAUAAACAACUAAAAAUCUCACACAGUGUCCCUUUAACUUAUAACAGCAUAAUCUCUUUUCAGACUUUAGUUUACUACAUUAUCUAUGUUCUGGAUGGAAAUUGCCUUUGAUCCCUAUUUGGGGAUGUGGUUGUGGAUUUAACUUUUAAUCCUCCCCUGCCCCCCCUUGUCCCAUGAUGGUGGUACCCUGGGUUUGGAACCAUUCCAGCCCUGAUCCCUUGUUGCCCCUAUUGGCCUAACUAGACAUAGAAAAUUCCAUAGACUUUUGUUGCAAGCACUGUUUGAUUAUAUUUUAGUAAUGCUACAGAUAAUUUGUGUAAGUAUUUUAGUAGACUCAUGUUUUGUACUUCAUUUAGGGUACUCUAUGUUCUUUUUUCUAUACUUUGUACUAUUAUGUUUAUAUUAUGUAAUAAAUUCCUGAUUUUGUGUGCCAUUCGUUGCCUCUGCUAGCAGUCAUAGAGAUUUCAGUUCAUGGAUUGUAUGUACUUUCGUCUAUUUUCUUUUAUGUGUGGUUGAUCCCUGUCACUGUUGAUGUAAGAAUAAUAAUACUCAGUUAAUAUCUUAUGUUUAAUCACUUAGGGCGGAAUUCUCCCACCCGCGUAAGUCAAAAAAAAAAGCGCAACAGCGCCUCCAAGCUGAUUCAAGUCAGUGAUUAAGCGGGGCUUACGCAGGAUAUGAUCAGUUGCGCACUUUGGGUGGGGCCAGGCCAAAAUCAGGGUGUUUCUCAUGUAAAUCAAUCCUAAGCGUAUUCUCCCGUCCACUUACGCACCUUUUCCUUUACGCGCAUCGAAGGGCUGUAGUAAGGUCAAGCGCCACUAUGAGGUAAAAUGUAAUAUUGCAUUUGAUGCUCGCUUGGCAUUUUGAGCAUGUUACACGGUAGGCCUAUGCUUUGCUGAUGUUCCUUACCGUCAGCGUGGGUCCAAAUCGAAAUUCAUUCACUGUUCCAUUAACUGUGACAAAAUAU